CCAUAUGUAGCCCAUGUGACACUUAAAACAAAAAUUGUUGAAUACCCUGGGAGCAACGAGUCCGACAUGGUCUUCGUAUUCACGAGGAAGGUGCUCAGGAACGCAACGAAUGAGGAGACGUAUUUAUAUUGGUACUACACAGGAAAAGGACCCUGUGGAGGACGCUUGGAGCCCAACAUCUUCUACGACGCUCCCUUUUCAUAUAAAGCUAUUGUACAAUCUAUGUGGAUCACCACCCUGGUCAGGAUAGCGAAGGAGGAUGUAUGUGAUCUCGAACAUACUGAACAGUGCUACCAACAUCUCAUCCCUGCAUAUAAGGAGGACUUGAAUAGAAGCCUAUGCCACACAACGACAGACACGAAAAACGCGCCUACAUUUUCAGGAGUAGUGGGAUUCCGCAUAGAUGAAUUCUGUAAGACAAGCGCUACUGUGUAUGGAAGGAGAGCGGGCAAAGUCUCUGUAGUGAGCCAAUCAUGUACCACGCAGUGUGGGAUUUCGGUGGGAUAUGACAUUAUACAUCACAUCAGCUUCCUUGGUCCAUGCAAGGCUCCGCAGACUUCCGGACAAGCAUGCUUCGACGACGACCAUGAGCUGUGCUUCUUCGACCGAUGUGGAAGGAAAUACAGCGAGAUAAAGGCGCUGGCCCGUCGUAACUGGAACCUACCAGACAGCUAUUACGACGAAGAUGCUGCCUGUGCAAAAUAUUCUUGAGGUGGCGCUCAUCUGCUCAAGAUUACCUGGUCGUGUCGUGCACAGUACUUCGAUUCGACUAAGCGACUGCUGCCGCUGUCUUGUUUUCAAUAUUCCCUGCAUUGAGACACUGUUGCAGAACUGCUCAGAAUUGUGAACUAUGUGAU